GCAGGGCGUGUGCUCAGGUGCGACGCAGAGCGACGCAGGUAAACGCGGAAGUAAAAGAAAGAGUGAACGGGAGGAGCAGAAGAAGAAAAGAGAUCGAUCCGGUUUUUAAUGCAGCGUCACGACGAACAAUAAGAAGUUCAUCAUGGGUCUGUGUGACGGCCUCUCUCACUGUAAGCUCGCUCUGGCCUUCGCCGUCUUCAUGGAUUUGCUUGGAGGAACCGCCCUGCUGGUGGGAGUCUUUGCCCCGCUGGAGGUCAAAGGGCAGGACUUUGGAGACUUACUGGUCUACACUGGAGCCCUCUUUGUGCUGAUGUCUCUGGCCGGUUGGGUGCUGUGGUACAGUGGUAACAUCAACGGUCUGAUGUCCAAAAAGGAGCUGAGACACAUCGACAGCGCCGUCGACCGGCUCGCCCGAAACCUCAGCCGCAAGAUCCACACGUUCAGAUCUCACCACUGAGCCGCUCCGAGUCUGAAUUCAUUCAAAAAACAAGCUUCACUCCAAAGUCAGUGUUAGCGUG